UCCUUCUUUUUAUCGUGUUUCUGUUAAAAACUAAGUUUAUCGUCUACACCCAUGAUUGUAUAAUUAUGGCGCAAGUAUAGCAAGAUAUUGUUCUGAAUCUCACAUCAAUGGCCAGAGAUUACGACCAUCUAUUUAAACUUUUGAUAAUCGGCGAUAGUGGGGUUGGGAAAAGUAGUCUGUUACUUCGCUUUGCAGACAAUACUUUUACAGGGACAUACAUCACUACCAUAGGUGUGGAUUUUAAAAUACGCACCAUUGAGAUAAAUGGAGAAAAAAUAAAACUUCAAAUAUGGGAUACUGCAGGACAGGAGAGAUUUAGAACUAUAACUUCAACAUAUUAUCGUGGUACCCAUGGCGUGAUUGUUGUUUAUGAUGUAACAAGUGCAGAAACAUUUGUCAAUGUAAAAAGAUGGUUACAUGAAAUAGAACAAAAUUGUGAUGAUGUUGCACGAGUAUUAGUUGGCAAUAAAAAUGAUUGUCCCGAGAAGAAAGUGGUUAUCACUGAGGAUGCCACAAACUUUUCUCAACAGAUUGGUAUUAAAAUGUUUGAAACAAGUGCCAAAGAUAAUAUAAAUGUUGAAGCUGUAUUUACUGAAAUAACCAAGGACGUUCUUGCAAAACGUAAACAACAAGCACCAGAUCAAAACGAUAUAAUAAAACCAUCAAAAAAAGACAAACAUAAGAAGAAGAAAUCACGGUGCUCUGUUGGGAAAAGUAGCUUAUUACUACAGUUUACAGAAGCCAGACACCAAGUCAAUUAUGUUACAACCAUUGGAACUGACUUCAAAGUAAAGAUAUUGAACCUGGAUGGUGAAAGUUAUAAGUUGCAUCUGUGGGAUACUGCUGGUCAGGAAAGGUUCAGGACAAUUGUCACCACUUACUAUCGAGGAGCCCAAGGAGCUGUGAUUGUUUAUGAUUUGACAAAUCCUGAAUCUUUCAUGAAUCUACGUUUGUGGCUAAAUGAACUUCACGAGAACUGUUUUGGUGUUUCUGUUGCCAUUGUUGGAAAUAAGUGUGAUUUAAUAGAGGAACAAAGUUUAAAGAAGAAUGGAGAGGAAUUUGCCAGAGAGCAUGGUUUGUCUUUCUAUGAAGCUAGUGCUAAAGAGAACAUCAAUAUUAGUGAGGUAUUUGAAGAUUUAGUGAGAAAAGUGCGCAAAGCUGAAAUUGAUGCAAGGUCUACAGAUAUUAGUGAUUUUAAUAAUCUACCACCACUACCUUCUGAUACUGGAAACAAAAAUCAACCAAAAAGUUGUUGCUGAUAUAUUUUGUCAUCCAUUUUAUCUUAAAUAUCGAGGAAAAUUUAGUUGCUCAAUAAAAUCAAUGCAUGGAAUUAACAUUUUUAAUUAAAAUGCCUUUAGUAAACCUUUCUCAAGUCUAUUGGAGAAAUAUUUGACCACUAGACCUUCAUAACUACUAUAUAACAUUGUAAUAAAUAUGUUACAUGGAAAGAAAUAAGAAUCUAUGAUUGUUGCAUGAUUUUGUUGACAUAUUUUAAAAUAUUAUUUUGACAUUUGUAAAUCUUUAACCAGCUGCAAACUAUAAGACUUUUCAAGUUUA